AUGUCUGCAACUCUACCUUUUGUAAGAAGAUUUGCAGUUCCAUUUCCUGAUAUGAAUCGAUUUUUAAGUACAAAUACUAAAUUACACCAUUCUACUGAUAAAUCUCAUCCACACGAUUAUCAUGCUUAUUUAUGCAGUAUUUCAAAGGAUUCUGAAGAAGUAACAAAUUUUAUCAAUGUAUUUACUGAGGAACAUGGAGAAGCGCCAUCAUUUAAUAUAUUUGAAUCAUGUGAAAAAGUUAUAAAAAAACGUGCUGUGAACAGUGAUUCAAAAGAACAAACAAAAGCAGAAGAUAGCUCAGAAAACUCGACCACUAAUCAAUUAGAAGAAUUAACGCAAUUUUGUCAUAAUCAACCAUCAACAGUCAAUAAACGCUGGGGACCAAAACCGCUCGAUGGACCAAUUUCUAUCGAUUUUAUAAGUCAAAUGCUGGAAGCUCGAAAAGUCAAAUCCUAUCCAUAUUCAAACCAAUUGGAUCCAUAUGUUGUGUGA